AUGUUCAAAUCGCCAAACGGUCCGGGACAAAAAGUAUUCAUCGAUAGAAACUGCAAGUACACUAAUUGUUUUGUCUCUUGGAGACGUUAUAUAAACGAUUAUCAAAAAUUCCAUACGAUCAUUAUCACUAUGAGAGAAGCUAUCCAUUACUCCGCUGAAGAAUUGCCACGAUUCAGAACACCUUAUCAAAAAUUUGUAGCUUCCAGUUUUGAAUCAUCCCACAAUUAUCCAGUUUGUUCGAACAGAUUUAAUGAUUAUUUCAACUGGACUUGGACUUUUAGACUAGACUCCGAUUGCAGGUUGGAGUAUAUUGCUAUCCGAGAUGAACAUGGAAAAGUCAUUGGUCCGAAGAAGACGAUGCAUUGGAUGAAAGUGAGAGAUAUGAGUCCAAAUAGUGAGGAACUGAAAAACAGUUUGCUUUCAAAAUCUAGAGCGGCUGCUUGGUUCGUCUCCAACUGCGUAACACAAAGUGGUCGUGAAAUAUUUGCUAAGAAACUUGCAAAGGAAUUAGCUAUAUACAAUCAUACAAUUGAUGUGUAUGGUGACUGUGGCAACUUGUCGUGUAGCAAGAGGGAUUUUUCGUGCAUGAAAAUGAUUAGAACGACGUAUUACUUUUAUCUAUCUUUUGAGAACUCUUUUAGUAAAGACUAUGUUACCGAAAAAUUAUUACACGCACUCCAAAAUAAUGCUAUACCGAUUGUGUAUGGAGGAGCAAAUUAUACAAGGUUCAUGCCAGAUGGAAUUUAUUUAAAUGCAAUAAAAUUGGGUGUUAAAGCUCUUGCGAAGAAAAUGGACAAUUUUAUAAGAAGUAGAAAGAGAUAUGCGAAAUAUUUCAAAUGGAAGAACCAUUAUUCUUAUCACAGCCGUAGUGAGAGUAAAGACACUGAUGAUUAUUGCGCAUUUUGUAAGUUGCUGAACAAUGAAAAGAAGUUCAAAGAGAAAUCGGUUGUCAAAAAUUUUCGGAAAUGGUGGGAUUCGCCUGAUUUUUGUAGCGAAAGUGAUAAAAAAGGAUUUUAUAUUCAGGAAUAA